AUGGCGCACACAACCCUCGCGAGCACCGACCGCGCCCUCGAGAAGAUCGGUGAUUUUGUGGCGGUGCAGGAUUACCCUUCACUGAAGGCGGUCGGCCGCACCUUCGCGCAGAAGGCGGGCGUGAUCGUCGGUCUCCGGCGGAGCAUCCCCAAGCGCUACGCCAAGAAGGCCAAAAGACGACUCCUGGCGGUGAAUUCGCACGCAAAAGCACUCGGUUCUCUCGCGGAGCCCUACCUCUUGCGCGCUCUCCGCGAGGACUCGUCGCAAGGCGUCCGAGGAGCGGCGGCGCAGUGGCUCGGACGCAUCGCGCGGCACAGCGACGAAGGCGUGCGCGUGCGGAUCUACGGCGUCCUCGUGGAGCGCUUCGACGCGGAGGCGCGAAUGAUGACCCUGCGCGCGGCCCUGGCGGAGAGCUGUUCUCACGACAUGCUCACGCUCGAGCAGCACUACCCGGGUCGCGCCCUCACCGCCGCGGCGGUGGAGUCAUCUGCCGCGCGCGCCCGCGACGCCGAAAUCGCUGCGUUCGACGCGUCCGGGCGGAUGGGAGGCGUCCUCGAGCUCUUCGAUGGAGGUACGGGUAGGCCGGUCCGCUUCGUGAUUGAACGCGGCACACCGUCAUUGUUGCUCGAUUUCAAGAACACGUCGGCACGGCCGGUGGAAUUGCGAGUCUACGAUUCACGACAGGUGGAAGUUCAAGGGGCACACGCCACCGACCUGCCCGCGCGCUUUUCGCUUGAGGAAAUGAUGAGAAGCUCCGACGACGCCGUAGCGAAGGCGCGCCUCACGGUGCGCCCUUUCGUCCUCCGGCUGGUCGACCGUCGAGCUCCAUGGUCUCCACCCGACCAUUUCGAACUUCGUUCUAAAUGGCCGGCACGUUGUCGUCGUGCCGACGCCUCUGGACGUCGCCGCGCGUGGGCGGAUAAACGUCGUAAUCGACGGAGCCGUGCACGCGGUUCGCCGCGAGAAGUUGCGCGCAGUCGCGACACCCUAG